UAGGAGGAAGAAGACGCCAUUAGGGGGAGCGGGGCCGUCGGCCGUGGGGAACGUUGUGGCUCUCGGCGUCCCUCGUCUCACGGCCCCGCUAUUCCUCUGGAGGCCUCGGCGGCACCUUCCCCUCUCCCUCCUGCCCUGCGAGUCCUCCCCUCCUUUCCCCGCGGGUCCCCGUCCCGGUUGGUGGCGGCGGCGCCCCGCGGCCGCGGUGCGGGACUGUUGAUGUGAGGCGGCGGCAGCGGCGGGGCGCGGAUGGCGGCGGGGGCCGGGUCGGCGGCCGGGGGCCGCAGCUUCUCCUUCAAGGUGGUGCUGCUCGGGGAGGGUUGCGUGGGGAAAACCUCCCUGGUGCUGCGUUACUGCGAGAACAAGUUCAACGACAAGCACAUCACCACCCUGCAGGCAUCUUUUCUUACAAAGAAGCUAAAUAUUGGUGGGAAAAGAGUAAACCUUGCAAUAUGGGAUACAGCUGGUCAAGAAAGAUUUCAUGCAUUGGGGCCGAUCUACUACAGGGAUUCUAAUGGCGCUAUUCUAGUAUAUGAUAUAACAGAUGAAGACUCUUUUCAAAAGGUAAAAAACUGGGUUAAGGAGUUAAGAAAAAUGUUGGGAAAUGAAAUCUGUUUAUGUAUAGUAGGUAACAAAAUAGACUUGGAAAAAGAGAGACAUGUUUCAGUGCAAGAAGCAGAAACGUAUGCUGAAUCUGUUGGAGCAAAACAUUAUCAUACUUCAGCUAAACAGAACAAAGGAAUUGAAGAGCUGUUUCUUGACCUCUGUAAAAGAAUGAUAGAAACUGCUCAAGUGGAUGAAAGAGCAAGAGGCAAUGGUUCCAGUCAGUCGGGAAUAGCAAGGCGAGGUGUACAGAUCAUUGAUGAUGAGCCACAAGUACAGAGCAGUGGAGGGUGCUGUUCUUCUGGAUAACUAUAAAACUGUGCAUCACUGCCCUCUCAAUAUGAAGACUGCCAUAUUCCAAGUCACGCAUUCUUUACCAAUGGAGUAAUAGGAUUAACAGUAUUUAAAAAUAAUCACAUGUAACACUGCAGAGACCUUAAGUGCUAAACUAGUGGCGUCUGUGACCAGAGAAUUGGCAUUUUCUACAGUGGUUAACAAAGCAAUUACCAAUGGCCUUUUUACAUAUUUUUCUUUAAUGAGGAAUAAUAUGCAUGUAGAAAAGACCUACUUAAAGGCUUCAUUUAUAUUCUUUUAAAUCAGAUCAUUAUUUAAUAACUUAUAUACAUUGUUGUUGGAAUGGUAUACGUUUUUGCAGCUCUUUGUAUUUUGUGGUAGAUUGAAUUGUAUCACUUCUAAAAUGCAAAUUGAUUUUUUUUUUUAAAUUAGCAGAUAUCUGAAGUAAUAUUUUUGCAGGGCCUCUACAAGCCUAUAACUGUCAACUACUUUGAUAUAUUCUGUCCAUCCUGUAUGCCAAGCUGGUAAAAUACAUUGUAAAUUACAUAUUAAAUAUUUUAUCUGCUUUUACAAUUGCAGGUGCAGAAAUAUGUACAUCAGUCUUGUCAGUGAUUGUGAAUUGAAUAAGUCAGUGAAAGAUGCAAGCUUUUCAUGUGUAUUGUUGAAUUGCCCAUUCUAUUCCCCCUACCUGAAAACAGCUUUUUUUUUGGUACAUUCAUAGCUACAGCAUUUUUUCUAAGCCUUUUCUGGCAAGUAGCAGCAUUUAGAGUGCCUCCUUAGUGGGAAAGGAAUGGUUCCUUUGACUGCUGUUUAACAUUGAGGUGUUUGACUCCCAGCUGGCGCAUGCAUGUAUCUUGCCUCUGCAGUUACUUUGGCCUCUCAGAAUAUCCCCAGAAAGUCUGUCCGGUAGCCAGUAAACCAGAUGCAUGGGAGACUCUUAAGCUGCGUUAAUACAUUUGUGUCCCGAGACAGCAUUAUAGAUUAUUAAUGAGCAUAUUUCCCCCCCCCCCACCACCCCGUAUUGAAGGGCUUGAGUGAACAAAUGAAUUGGCAUUAACUAGAUCUGCUUCUGAUUUGGAGUGAUUAAGUGGAAGAUAUGAAACUUACCAGAUGUAAUUGUAACUUUGGGGAAUCUAAACAGAACUGAACUUACUCCUGACUUGCUCUUUCUCUUGUAAAGUGUUUUGAAGCUCACUUAAGUUUUGGGAGGAGGGUUUUCAGAAACAAAGUGUAUAAACUACUAUCACAAAGGAACACAAAUGGUGGUAGCUGAAACUUCAAAAUGUUUUGUGCUCUGACUUUUUUUUUUACUUAAGUUGUCAUGCUUGGAAAAACAGUAAAGGUGAUGUCUGUGACAAAAUAGAAUAUUCCUUGGCCUUCCUUUUUCUGAAGGGUAGAAUUAGUAUUGCAUAUGAGUGCAUUGAAUGGUGUGGCUAUGUUUCGAUGCACAAAAGGAGUAAUAGUAACUGAUCAGUCUGAUGUGUAAGAGAAGUGUGCUGUCUUCAAUAUGAUUUUUAUUUUCUCUGAAAUAAUAGAUGGCUUUGAUACAGACUGGUCCCGGUGCACUUUUUCUCCAUUCUGUCUAAACUGUGGUGUAGAUACUUUCUCUUAAGCUACCAUUGCCAUGCUCUUCUGACAUGGUUGUAUGCAUGAUGAACAAAGGUGACUUCUUCAUGCUAGUGAAGGUAGUUUCUUGACUGCAUGUAGCUUUGAUGUGAAUUUAAAAUUCAUUAUUAUGUCUGUAUAUGUAGCAGCACCAUUAAGUUAAUGUUCUCAUAGUAUAUCUAACUUAACAGUGAGUCUUGCCAAAGGUGAAAAACAGGUCAGUUUGUUCUAAAACCAGUACCUUCAAAUCCAUACAGUUAGAUGAAAGUCAGUCUUGUAAGUGGUAAAAUCUUGAUAUAAGGAGUGAAACUGGCAAGACUGUAUGUUUGAGACUAGAAUCUCUCAUAAUAGGAGCUACAGAUUUUUUUUUAUUCAAAUUUCAUUUGAAUCUCUGCAUUAUUUUUUCUUUGCAGAGAUGGGGGGAAAGAAAACUAACAACCCAACCUCAACUAGACUUGAUAAGUAGAUGAGUCAUGAGGGCUUACCUACACCAGAGCAUAUGUUUCCUCCAGCACAAAGCUUUCUCUACUUUGUUGAAGUGUACAGAUGCAGUUCUGGUCUGGAAAUUAAUACUAGGUGUUUACCCAAGAGAACGUUACGUUUGACUAGUCUGAAAUAGAAGCAGUGUGUAGAGUAUAUCUUUCUGCCGGCAGCUAAAGAGUUUUUCUUUAGUGUAUUCUAUGGUAGGGGCAUUCUGUGUGACUUCUGUCAAUUAUAAAACUAACAAAGUCGUGUUAAUACUAACUCUUAAGUCUCUUACAAAACUAAAACUAUUACUACUGAAGACUUAGGUGGGGGUAAGGAAGAUGACAAUUUUGUAUGAUUAAGAAAGGUUCUGGUUGCUAUUGGCAAAAUACUUUUUUAUUUAAAAGUAAAUUCUCGGGAGUUACUUUUCUUAAGCUACAGCAUGAAAAAUACUCACUGGAAACCUUCCUGUCUAACGUGCAGUUUGAUUGGACUUUAUGGAACUUAAAACCUGUGCUUAGCAGCGUAUCAUUAUAUUAUCUUUUAAAAGAAGUACAGCUUUGUGAAGUCAGGGAAGUUGAUUACCGAGACACAAAUAAGAACAUUAUGGUUUGUUUAGACUGAUUAACAUAAGACUUCAGCUAUUCAUUGUUGGCAGGCAAAAUACAACAGUUCCAGGAAAAAGCAUCUUUACUGAAGAUAUCUAGAGUGUUUUUUGCAUUAAAUAUACAGGAAAGCACAGAAAGCUUGGUUUUCUGUAUGUGACCAGGAUCUUACUCAGUAACCUGGUACUACUGUUGUGUGGUUUGACUUUUCAAGAGUCUUGCAUUUUCUGGAAUCCAUCUACGUUGUCUGGUUUCUGUGUCUUAAGGAAAAUUGUUGUUAACUUCUGUCACUGAAAACAAGUAAGCUGUUUUUCAUUCUUCUGAGAAGUGUGCAAGAGAACAACUAUAUCUGUCUCUAGAAAAUACCUGUAUUGUGGGAAAGGUAAUACCAGCUAGACACCUGCUACAGCAUGUAAGUCAACAUUGAGCAUACUUCCUCAGAGUAAAUCUUCAGAAAGAGUAAGUUAGAUCUCUUUUAUUAUAGUAUAUGAGUACAAAUACCUUUCUAAAGCAAGUUUAAGUACUUGCUCACAGUCUUGAUGCUGCUGCUAUGAGUACUUGAGCUACCUAUGAAAUUCUAUCACUUGCUGACAUAAAAUCUAACAAACCAAAGUCCAAAAACUUUAAUGCAGCAGGAUGUAUCUAGUAAGAGUUAUUUAUGGAUGCUGUCUUAUUGCACUUAGACUAUAGUUCAGAAGUUAUAAAAGACCAGAUAGACUAAUUCAGACAAGGAAACCCUAAUAAGAUGUGUAGCACUUGGAGAUGAGUGUAACUAGUUAUAAAGGUUGGGGAUGAUGACUGACUGGUUUGCAGUGAACUCACAUACGGUUCCAAGAUGGGGACAUUCAGUGUUCAGAUGAACUGCGUUGGCUGCUCUCUUUGAGGCAGUUAAGUAAUUGGGUGUUGACUUUAUUACACGCUUUUCCUCAGUGUUCACGCGUUAUGUGCAGGCACUCGUGCUUCCUGCCACAUUUAAAAGUAUCCCUUAGUCGUCUUUAUCCUGCCAUCUUUAUUAUUCUAGGUGUUUAACUUGUGUCUCUGCCUACAGCUCUGGAAGAAACCUAGUAAUUUAAUUUCUACUUUAGAUUCCAAGCCAGAUGAAAAAAGAUUUGCAAAACCUUAGGAGGUCAUGGAAGGUGGUUAGAGUUCAAAUGGAGUUAUCUGAAAAUGUUGGAUGUUGUCAGGAAAAAAAAAAACAGUUUAAAGAAAGUAAGAGGAAUGGGAGUCCUGCUUGAGGACAAAUGGAGCUCAGGAAUCUCAACAAGCUGAAAGCAGUGAAGUGGUAUGGAUGAUAGAGUAUGGAAAUAAGAGAGUUGGAGCCAGCCACCUCUCUUAUUUUUCUGCCUUUGUGGAAGGAAAAGGAGAAGUGGAAAGAAAAAGACAAGUAGGAAAAACUGAAGGUGCUGGUAGUGGGCUGCAGAGUGAGGUGCUGAGUUAACCAGUUCUUGGCGGAGUUGCUAGUGUGUCAUAUCAGCAAUGAUAGUUGCCUAACUUUAUUUUUUUUACGUUGUUUUUCCUUCUGUGGAAUACCAUUUUUGCUUCACUAAAGAGACUACAAUUAACUUUGAAGAGGCUUUCAGACACAAUACUAACCUACUUAAAACUUGACUAGAAUAUGCUAAUUUAUUAAUUAUUAGUUAAUACUUUGUUAACCCUAGUUUGUAUCAAAGUUUAGGAAUAUUUUUUUUCCUGACAGUCAGUAAAUGUAUCAUUCACUGAGGAUGACUUUUACUGCAGUUGUGUUAAGGAGUUGCAGAUGAAGACAGAGAUCCUUGGCGCUAGUUGCUGCACAGGCUCAAUGAAGACAGCCCCAAAACUUGCUCGCUUUGUGCUAAGCACUGUUGCUCAUGCUACUCUUCAGGGGAUUCUGCUUAACACCAGGAUUUUUCCUCUAUUUAGGACCAAUCUGUGCAUCUCGGUGAUGUAGUCAUCUACUGAAUUCAGGCUUUUUUUAUCAAAUAAUAAUGUAUACUGUUCCUUCUCACACUUUUGGAGCUGUCAUUGGCCACUGUAUUGAGCAGAAUGAGAUGGAGAAGCAGUUUUGAGAGUUGUGGCGAAUCUUAAAUAUUUCUUGUCUUGAGUUGGCUUGAAAAGUGGGAAUCUGUGAAACGGUCACCAUUAUGACAAAGUUAUUAUUCUAUCCAAGAUAACUGAAAAUAUUUUGGCUUGGAAAAAGUCUUACUGUAAUCUGAUUAAAAUCAUAAAUGGCUCUACUUCCAAAAUGAAAAUUUAUUUCAAGCUGAUGUCUUCUGAUUCUUAAUUUUUUCUAAGACGUUCACCAAACAAGGCCAAAAGCUCCAAUUGAUUGGCAUAUUCUACAGCCCUAAAAUCGUGUCUGACAGUACAGAGGAGUUGUGUACUCACAUAUGUUCCACUGGACAGUUGGGAGCUUUGAUUUGUAUUUACUCAAUACCAGGAUGUUGAAAGAUAGGCUGCAAAAAUAAUUGUUUCCAUCUCUUUCCACUGCUUUGCACAUGCAGGCAAGCAGUGUGACAUGAUGCAGCUGCAGAGUGAAUGUGAAGAGGGCUUCUGUCCCUCUUCUUCUGUUUGUUGGCUGCACUGAUCCCCAUUGUUAAUGAAUUGCUACUACAGGAAACUUUCUGUGCUGAAGAUCCCCCUGUACAAGAAAGGAAAUACACAUGUUCUUUGCUUGCUUCUCUAGCUCUUCUAUACAGUGAUAAGUACUGCAGCCAUAAUACCCAGUUUCUCCCAGUUUGAGAUCUCUUUUUUUUUUUUUUUUAACCCCCCUCAAAAGGAGCUUUUCUUAUUUCUUGACAGGUCAUUUUUUUUUUCAGUGUAUCUAGUCUCAGUGAUCUCUUGCAAGGGGUUUAAGACUUCAUCGUAGAUCACCCAGAAGCAAUGCAAUUUGAAAGUAUGACAACAAAGGAUGAUGACUAGCAACAAUCUUGACAUAUCCUGCCUCCAAACCAGUGCGGAGAAAGUAUUGGAAGUUUGAUGGCACGUCCUUGCUACCUCUGGUACCUAACUCCUGAUUCUUGGAAGCGACUUAGAAGAAAUUCAAGUAGAGAGGAUUGGAGAGAGCAAUGACUACUUUCCCAUCUGUUGCCAAGAAGCUGAUAUCCUGUGACAGAUCCAAACUCAUGUAACAGAUCUCUUCUGAGCUGUUGAAACUGUUAAAUUGCAGCCUGUUCUUUAAGUUAACCAUCACUCCAUUCUGAAAGAUAAACAAAUUUGGGACUCCCAGUGGAAGAAAACAAUUUCUUUUUUUCAGAACAGGAAACUUAAGGAACUGCCUGAUCAGGCUUCUCUUAGUGCAAAGAGAAGAGGAGAGGACUUGAUACCUGAAGAUUUAAGUGCUGUCAGUGCUAUUUGAUCAUACAGGCUUUAUAAUGAUUGUCUUGCUGGAUUUUUCUUGCCAGAUAAGCUCAUUGAGCUUAUCAGGCUCAAUCAGGUAGGAUACUUCUCUUUGAACCCAGAGAAGAUGUUAGCAGGGCAAAAGCCAACACUGAAAAGGACACAGCAUUUUUAAUAUCAGGUAACUCGACAUUGUCAAGUGUUGUAGGAAUAUGCUAUUUGGCAUUUGUGGAUAAAAGAAAAUAAAAAACCAAACACAUUGGAAAAAGAGUAUUUAGCAGAGCCUUCACAAACCUUACCUUGUGCAUUGCUGCAGCUGAAGUUUGUAAAUACAUCAUGGAGUAUUUUAUAUACCAGUGCAUUUACAUGGAGAUAGUUCUGCAAUAAAUUAAUUCUAAAUGAUCAAUCAACUAGGGAAACGAGAACUUCUUUAGCAUGACUGCUAUUCUAUCAAUGCCUGAUAUUAAAAGUGAAAAUGCAUGUAAGUGGGAAUGAAUCAACAGAAAGGGGAAGAAAAUGUGUACUGAAAACCAAUACAAGAAAACAGAGCUGGGAAUUCUUGUUAUGGUCAUAUCUGAAAAUUGUUCUUUCUUACAUCUUAGUAAGUCACAGAAUUUGAAACUUGAUGAGCAGUCUGUAAUAAAGUGGCCCUGAAAAUUACUGGAGUGGUGCCCAGUGGGGGCAGUGACCUGGCUUACAAAGAGAUUUGGUAAGAACUGAGAUCACAGGGUUUUUUUAUGUUACAAAUACAAUAACAAAUUUCUGAACCCAUCUGAACAUGAUGUGAUGAAAGAUGGCUCUAAGAUGCCAAACCAGGCUCAAUGAGGUUGCUCUACAUUAUGCUAGCAUAUAUCCCAGCAACUGUAGUGUGACCCAUCAAAAUGCAGCUUUGAUUCUCAAAGUUGGUCUUUGGCAGCCCAGAACAGUUCAUGAGCAAGAAGCAGUUGCUGUUGAACCAUGUUUGUCAGUUUAAUGAUAGCCGCAGGCACACUGCCUGUAUGCUAAAGGAGCAGCAAAACCAAGUGAAACCUGGAACCAAGGCUCAAGAGUGGGAAUUUUCCACCAGUUAUGUGUUUAUCCUACUGAUGUCCUACCUCCAUAAUGAAUGCUUGUGCACACUUCCCUAGCAAAAACUGCUGUUCGGCUGGUGCUAUGGAUUUGAACUGGAUGGACACUGCGAGUGAAAACAGCAAGCAACAGGAAAAGCAGGGCAAGAUCAGGGGAAUUUGCACAGUUCCUGCUUUGGCUGUCCUCAGCCCUUUCAUUUGCACUCUUAAAAAGUCAGUAGCUAUAUCCUAUUAUCUUUGUGUCAGAAAGUGUAUUUUCUAUUUGGUGAGAAUUUUUUGGUCUAGAAACUAAAAUCUUAAGAGCUUUUUAGAGUAAAUGUAGUUCCUUCACAGAUUUAGCUUUCUGAAGACUGUCAGCAUCUCAUUAAAGGGUCUGUAUUAAAUAACGAAGAGCAAGCGUGCUGCCUGUAGUUACACCCUGCAAUCGGAGUUCUAUGGUCAAUGUUUCAAAUAGCAAGAGGCAGCAGAGUAUCUAAUGCACCUCUGAUUGCCAGCCUACUCUCCCAUUAUUUUGUGACACAGAGUAAUUGCAAAACAAUCCUCAACCAUAAGAUGUGCCCAUACUGGUUAGAGAGGUUGGUCUGAGACUUAAAAUUAUACUAAAUUGUACUUUGAUUGGAGCCUUCAAGGAAUCCUGACCAUCCUUGCAGUAUGUUAAUACUGCUGUGCUUGGCACCAUGGGGCACUGAUUCUUUUUCAGAGACUUGGGGAUUUCAGCUUGAGAAAUGGAGCAAUGUCUGAAGGGGCUUAUCAUGGCAAGUUACGAGAAGGAAGGAAGUAUUCUGUUAGUAGCACAGACCCAUCCUUAGCAUUGCUUUUUGAAUGGCUGGGAUGAAAUACAGCAUUGCCUAUCCCCACCCUAAAACAAUUGUUCUGUUAGUUUCCUGCUCUUUCCAGGAAAUGUUGCCUGUUGGUGGUGUUGUAAUGCCUAUGUAGAAGUGAUUGGGGUUACUACUAUUUGUCUCUUUCUGCAUUUCUAGCUCUGGCAAUACUAGUCUCUGCCAAUCGGCAAACAACAGAUCAGUUUCUGUUUAGUCAUCACUCUCGGAUAGCUUCCAACUAGUCUAUGUGGAGGCUGAUGCAAUCACGAAUCUCUCCUUGCAUGACAAACGCAGAGCAUUUCAUGUUGAUAUCUGCUCUGCUGCUUUUAUACUUUAAAAAAAAGUUUCUUGUCCCACUGAGACAACAAAGCUAUUGUAAAGUUGUGAUCAGUUGCACCAAUCGUAAUGUUUUCUUCUGACACAUCUUGUCAUGGUUUGGGUUGUCUUGUUUUGAGUUGUUUCAUGUUCUGGAAUUCUAUUAAUACUUGAUAUGCAUAGAUUAAAAAAAUACCAGGUUCACAAACAGGAUCUCACAGCUGUGGCUAUGGAUAUACAAAAUGUGACACAGUGCAAAUACUUGAAGAAAGCUCAUCAUCCAGUGUACUGCCUUCAUGUCUUGUUAAAUCUUCAUGCCUUCACAUUCUAAAUACAAAUAAAUGCUGCUGGGGAAUGGGUUUUCCUUCCUUUUAGUUUCA